AUAAACACCACUCGGCUUUUGAAUGCAGUUCUCGCUGUUUCACGUUCGUCACAACGUCGUGCAGGAUAUAUAAUUUGUGUUGUCUAAUUGCGAUUGAUUUUCUUUCAAUUUGUGAUUAUUGAAUUAUUUUGAGGAUGAUGUGAUUCGAGAUUUGUUCGGGUUUAUGAUCAAUAAUAAUAAACAAUGGCAAACAUGGAUCCGAAUAUAGAAAAAUACCAGCUAAAAUGGCACUCUUUUACUUCGUAUCUCCAUUCGUGCGUAUCAUCCUCCCUCCAGAGCGAGUCCUACACCGAUGUGGCUCUAGUAACAACCGAUGGUCAUCAAAUUAUGGCUCAUCGAUUCGUAUUGGCUUACAGCAGUCAGUACUUACAGGACGUAUUGAAGUUUCAGCCGAAGGUUACCACAGCCCUACCCAUAAUGAUUAUUCUUCCGCCAGAAAUCACCUAUAGAACACUGAAAAUCCUUAUUAAGUACAUGUAUAGUGGCGAGGCCACGGUUUCAAAAGAUAUUCUGGAGAGUGUACUAAGAGGAGGUGAUCUACUGAAGAUAAAAGGCUUAUAUCGUCCCAAAGAAGACGAUCCCUUAAAGGCGGUUAAAACAACAGCCAGGUCCGAAAGCGUUUGCUCCUCACCUGGUCUGUCAAGCACUGGAGUGAACUCGCCCAGUCAACCGUCUCCAGGCCCCCCUCCAUUAGUCAACAUUAGCAAUAAUAUCGUGACCAAGCCGUCUACAUCAGGCAAGGCGUCAUCUUCAGCAAAUAGCCAAAAGGUUUUAACUUUUGAAAGAAAAUUAACUUCGGUCUUCAAUAAAAAUAAGCCCCUUCCUAAGGUACUGAACUACGCGUUUAACGUGAACAAGCCGCAGGACAAGGAUGGCGAGAAGACGACCAAACCCGCAACGCAACCAAAGCCAAAUUCUAGCGAGAAGGAAGAAGAUCGCCAGUCAGACGAAGAACCCAAAGAAGAAACCCUGCAGUUCGUAGUGAUUAAGGAUGAACCAAUUGAGUGGUCGGAAGUGUCGCCUGCAGAGAUGGAACUAAUCGAUGACAAAGAAGUUUUCACGGACAUAAACGUGAAGCAUGAACUUUACAGUGAAGACUCAGAGGACAAUGUGCAUACAGAACAACUUUACACACCGUUAACAUGCGAACUUUGUACCGAAACGUUCUCAAUUCCCGCAGAAUGGGUACGGCACGUGCAAACACACACAGACAUGCUGCCAGCGAAACGUCAAAGAAGAGACAGACCCGACGGCGAACCUGACGACGGUGGAACAUUCCCGCCACUGCAUUGCGACCUGUGCCAGAAAUACUUCCCAACGCCUGCCGAAUGGGUGCAACACAUCCAAGGCACUCACACGGAAUUCGAACUGCGUCUCUCCAAUAAUGAAAAGACUAACAAAAAACCCAUCAAAGAAGUUGUCUCAUCUAAACCAUCAACGUCCAGUUCAUCCAUGAAAGUGUGCACCGACUGUUACAGAGUGUUCCCGUCUCAAGCUUCUAUGCUGAUUCACAAACGAACUCACACCGGAGAAAAGCCAUAUCUUUGUGAAUAUUGCUUUAAAGGAUUCAAUGUGAAGAGCAAUUUACUGAGGCAUCUGAGGACGAUUCAUGACAAAUUCGUUCAUCCCACUGAUUUGGACAAAAAAGACGAAGAACCAGCGGACGAUUGAAAAGAUUGUGUUUUUUUUUGAGUUUAUAUGGCAGACAUCUGGGACUGAAUGAAAUUGUUACGUGAUUUCAUACUAUAUUUUUGUAUACUGUACAUUGUUACAUUUUACUUUCAAAUAAUACAUACUCUCAUCCAAA